UGCGCAGUGCGGAGGCAGUGUGCCGCGGAGAGCGCGCCACUCUCCGGCUCCGACAGAGUCCCGGAGUGUCCGGAUACCUGAAGGAUGACGGGCUGACUGACUGAUGGCUGCUCGGCCAAAGUGCGGGCGGAACCUGCGGGCUGGAGACGCUGGUCGGUUCAGGAUCGAUCAAAAGUGACCGACCGGACAGCUGGUUUAGUGUGAGAGCGGAGUUGAGCGCUUUAGACCAACAGGACUCUACUUUCUUCAUCCAUCCAUCACCUCUUCUUCAUCCGUGAUGAAGACGCCACUGAGCCCGUCUCUGCUUCUGGAGAGCAGGCAGAUCUUUGCCUUUGGAGGGAUGGGUCAGGAGCUAAUGGACACGCCCACACCUUCAGCCCUCCCUCCCCCCGUCCAGCAGACUCCAUCCCCAGGCCAGGGCGGGACGUACUCGUUGUGUGAGGUGUGUAAUCUGCAGCUGACCUCCGCUGCUCAGGCCCAGCUGCACUACAACGGCAGGUCUCACCUCCGGAGGGUGAAGCAGCUCCAGGCGGGGCAGACACGACAACAGGCAGCAGCUGGAGCUCAAACCAGGUCGCUUCCUCCGGCCGCAGGGUUCAGCUCCCAGCCUGCAGGACUGACUCAGACCGCCGGACUGAAUCGAGCCCUCACUGCUUCCAGCACGACUGCAGGAAGUGGGAGUGGUGGAGUGGGUGGGGCGUUGCCGGGUCUGAUUGGCGCCACCGGCCCCUCGGUGAUGAUGAAACCAUUCCUGCCGUUUCCCAUGGAGACGACGUCGCCAGUCGGACUCUUCCCAAACUUCAACACGAUGGAUCCGGUGCAGAAGGCUGUCAUCAGUCACACCUUUGGUGUUACCAUGGUGCCCAAGAAGAAACAGGUCAUCUCCUGCAGCGUUUGCCAACUGAGGUUCAACUCUGACUCGCAGGCGGAAGCUCAUUACAGAGGCAGCCGUCAUGCCAAGAAGCUGAAGUCUCAGGAGAACAAGGCCAAAGCCAAGCUGUCAGUCACACCAGAGACCAACGGGAACAGCUGCGGUCCUGCUGGUCCGGCCCAUCCGCUCCCUGCUAGCAGCGGCAGCAGUCAGGGCACAGAACUGUUCUCCAUCCCCCCAGACUCCCUGUCCUCCAUCAAGCCGGGCCUCCCGUCCUCCACCUCCCCUCUCUCCUCCUCUCCCUCCGCCAGCAGAGCUGGCAGUGAGCCUCCGCCGUCCAGCCCACCCUCCGCGCUUCCGGCCCCCGGCCUCUCUUCGUCUUCCUCAUCCUCCUCCUCUUCAAAGUCUUGCCCCCCGUCUGCAGUCGCCCCCUACCCCGCGCCCGCUGCCCCGCAGACCGCCUCCUCAUCCUCCCAGGAUGCUCCUCUCUCUGCGGAGUCCGAGGAGGAGAAGGCGAAGAAGCUGCUGUACUGCUCUCUGUGUAAAGUUGCCGUCAACUCGCUGUCUCAGCUGGAGGCUCAUAAUGCAGGUUCAAAGCACAAAACAAUGCUGGAGGCGCGCAGCGGUGCGGGGCCGAUCAAAGCUUACCCUCGACCAGGGGCCAAACUGAAGAACGGCAGCAGCUCGGCCCUGAAGGGCUCCGGCCUGCAGAACAAAACCUUCCACUGCCAGAUCUGUGACGUCCACGUCAACUCUGAGAUCCAACUCAAACAGCACAUUUCCAGCAGACGACACAAGGACAGGGUGGCAGGAAAACCCAGCAAGCCAAAGUACAGCCCGUACAACAAGCAGCAGCGCGACUCGCUCACUAAGGAGCUGGCGAAGCCUUCUCCAUCUCCUUCCUUCCUUUCCUCUCCUUUCACUUCCACUUCCUCUCCUCUCCCUCCCUCCAUCUCCUCCUCCCCGCUCCUCUCUCACUCCUCCUCACCCCUCACCCCUGCCAUCUCCCUCCACCCUCGCCCUCCGUCGUCCUCGUCCCUCUUCACCGCCUCCUUCCUGCGUCCCGCUCCCGGACCCAUCAGAACCAACCAAGGAUCAAUUCUCUUCGCGCCCUACUGAUGUCUGCGGGAGCGGCGGGGGAGUCAAGCCCACAACCUUUGACCCCUAGCCCGCUGUGUGCUGGAGCUUCAGCUGUUGCUGCGGCUUUGCUUACUUGACAGAAUCUUCCUACAGAGACAUGAAGAGGACGGAGACGUCCUGCUUUUUGAUCAAAGACUCUCUGGUUCCGUCCAACGCCUCCUGACACGGAGGGGAGAGGCGCCGUUGUGUUCACUGACCCGCUGACGUCGACCUGAACAGAACCAGGGGCUAACAAAGCUCCCAGACGUACUGGAGAACAGGAGAAAUGUCUGCAGUUAUGGAAUAUUCAUGAAGAUCCAUUCAGCACCGUAUAGAAAGCAAUAAGUGUUACAGGAAAUGGGUUCAAGACUG